AUGGAGAAUCCUUUGGGGAUGCUUGAGCUACAAUGUGGUGUGAUUUUCAGUAAAAUCCUUGGCAUUGAGAUUGUGAGGCAGAUUUCGGGAGUCACUGUUCUGGUUCACGGAGGAAGAUACUUGGCAGCCUUUGGGAUAGUCAGAGGAGUUCUCCAGAAGUUGUAUGGGUGUAAAUUUUCCGAUCUGAUCAGCAGCAUUCAUUGCGAAGAUGAUCUUGAUAACAUUUGCUUAAUCACUGGACACAACAUUGCUCUGCUGAUAACACUUGAAGAGCCCUCAAAGGAGUCCUCGAAGGAGUCCUUCAGGGUAAAGAAGAGGGCAAAAUGCGAGGACAAUUCCAUGCUUUAUUGUUCUCACGUGGAGGGAAAGAAUUGGGAGGAUUUCUUGGUGUUUUCCGGAACUGCUCUUGGAGAAGUGAUCCUCUGGCAGCCAAGGCGAGCAAGCACGGGAAUCCUGCACAGAUUCACAGCUCACAAGGGUGUUAUCUUCUCAAUAACCACCGAGGAGGAUCUUCUGGUGACGACUUCCGACGACAGAUCGGCAAAGAUCUGGAAAAGGGAGGAAAACCAGAAGAUUGUCUGCAUCGCUUCGCUCUUUGGACACAAAUCUCGAGUGUUCAGGAGCAAAAUCGUCGAGAAGAACAAGCAGAGAUUCAUCUUGACCAUCGGAGAGGAUUCCAAUUUGUGCGUGUGGCACGAAUCAGGGAAGUUUCUCUUCCGGAAAGCCCUCUACAGUGGAGCUGUGAUCUGGAAUUUGGACUACGACAGGACGCAAGACACUGUGCUGACGUCUGGAAGUGAUGGGAAUGUGAAGAAGCUGAAUUUGAGGGAGAUUUUGGACAGAGGAAUUAAUGAGAGUCCCAGAAAAGCGCUUCUUGAUGAGAAAAUCUCAAAGAUUCUCUUCAUUGACAGUCAGACAAUUCUUGUGAUGACUUCUGAGAUGUUCCUGAUGAAGCUGGAGGCUUCGGAAGAGUGGAGAUGUCAAGAGAAAAUGCCCAUUCCCAACAUUUACAUCGCAUUAAUUGAGAAUGUCGAUGGAAAAGUGUUGAUUUGCUCGCAUCACGAAGCGAUAAUCUAUCAAAUCUGCGAUUCAGGUGUCCAGGAGGAGCACAGGAAUUGUAAUCUCCUGGAGGGAUUGAUCAGGACAUUCUACCAAAUCUCUCCUGAAGAGUAUUUCUUCGUGGACGAUCGAGGAAAUUGCGCAGUGACGGACAAAGCAUUGAAGAUCCUCGUGCAAUUCUCCGUGUCGCUCUGCAAGGAUCUCUGGUACACCAAGUGGAUCACCAUGGCCAGGAGAGUGGCUGACUAUCUCCUGAUGAGUGACAGACUUGGUCAUCUUCACCUCUGUCGCGUGUUUCCUGGACAAAUCAUCAUCGAAGCCACGAAGAAAUGUGUUCACGGAAAUCUUGGCGUCACUCAAAUCCACACGGAAGAGAUUUCUGAGGAAUCUGCAGAGUUCUGGACAUCUGGACGUGAUGGAGUGCUUAGGAAAUUCCUCCUGGACAGAAAUGAAGCGAGUUUGAGGGAAAUCUUCACGGAAAAAGUCCCCAUUUCGUGGGUGGAAAGGAUUUUCUGCCUGAAAAGCGGCCAGAAAUUGAUUCUCGGCUUCAAUGAUGAGAAUCUUGUGGUGUGGGAGAGAAAUCACGGUGUAAUCUUCCAGCUGUGCACAGGAGGAGGUCACAAAUACUGGGAUUUCGUGAUGAAUGCCGAGCAGAAUGCAGCAAGAGUCAUCAGCGUGUGGGAAAAGAAGCCUUUCCUGGACAAUUUCUCACUCGAAAAUCUCUCUGAAGACUCUCUGAAUAUUCCCACGGUUAAUUGGCACUUCAGAUCUUGCAAUUGUGGAGCAAUUCUCAAGACGUCCUCGGGUAAAUCUCUCCUGAUCUCCGGUGGUGAUGACAAUGUCCUCAGGAUAAACUUCCUGGGCAAAGAAUUAACUCAUGUGAGUGAAAUUGUGACGCAUAUUUCCAAUAUUCGUGCUGUGAAGCUGAUGAAAUUGCCGGAAAAAGACUCUUUCCUGCUCUUCUCUGUCGGCGGAAGAGCUCAGAUGUGCUUGACGAGAAUCCUGGCCAGAGACAAGCCACAGAUUCACGAGUUUGUCAACUACAUGUUGAAAGCGAAGGACUUCAGGAAGAAUCGACAGAGUCAAAUGAUUGAUUUCUGCCCAGAAACGCGCUUUAUGUGUCUGACAAUUGAUGGAAGGGAGAUUUUUGUGGGCUGUUCUGAUGGAUAUGUGAGAAAAUUCAGGCUGGAAGAGGAGAAAAUCCAUCUAAUCUCGUCAGUUUUCUACAGAAGAUGCAUUUUGAACAUCGAGAUCAUCGAAUGUCAAGGCAGGAAAAUCCUCCUGACGAUGGGAACUGAUGGGAAGAUUAUUCUCUGGAAUGCUGAAGACUUUUCCAAUGAUUCCAUUCCGUUUCACAGCAUUUCUCAUCACGAGAGCGGGAUAAAUUGCUUCGAUGUGUGGAAAGAAGGCGAAGAAUUUACUGUCUUGACCGGAGGCGAUGAUCAGAAGAUCACAAAGACUGUCUUUGGCUUCGAGAGUGGGAAGAUUGUGCAGAAGGAGACUUGCAAGACUUCCUUGCACUUUGCUCAGGUAACAGGAAUUAAAAUCGCCAACAAGGACGAGUUCUUCUCCACAAGCGUUGACCAGAGAAUUGUUAGAGGAAAUCUUCAUGAUUUGAGCUUGAUCUGUGAGAAAUUCACUUCUGUUUCGGACCUGAAAGGACUUCUAAUGCUAGAUAAAUGUAAUAUUGUAGUUUUUGGCGCUGGAAUAGAGACAAUUUCUUUCUAA